ACUCUGCGCCCCCUCCCCCCACCCCAAGUAUUAAAGUUGCCGCUUAUCUCUCUCCUCUACCUAUCACCCACAGACUACUACUUCUUUUGAGAGAGAGAUAGUUGCUCCUUGAUUGCAGCCACCCAUGGCUUCCAUUAUCUCAACCGUCGGUGCGGUUAAUAGAUCUCCGUUGAGCUUGAACAGCUCCGGCGCCGGGGGCUCAGUCCCAAGCUCGGCGUUUCUGGGUAGCAGCCUGAAGAAGGUGAACUCUGGGUCGGCCCAUUUCAAGACCGAGUCCAGGAGCCUCAAAAUCGUGGCCGAACAAGAAAUCGAUGAGGGGAAGCAGACAGAGAAGGACAGGUGGAAGGGCCUUGCCUAUGACGUCUCCGAUGAUCAGCAGGACAUUACCAGAGGGAAGGGAAUGGUCGAUUCUCUGUUCCAAGCCCCACAGGAUGCCGGCACCCAUUACGCCGUCAUGAGCUCUUAUGAAUACCUCAGCACCGGACUUCGCCAGUACAAUCUGGACAACAACAUGGAUGGCUUCUAUAUUGCUCCGGCUUUCAUGGACAAGCUUGUUGUACACAUAUCCAAGAACUUCAUGCCCCUCCCCAACAUCAAGAUCCCUCUCAUUCUUGGUAUCUGGGGAGGCAAAGGUCAGGGUAAAUCCUUCCAGUGCGAGCUCGUCUUUGCCAAGAUGGGCAUCAACCCGAUCAUGAUGAGUGCGGGAGAGCUGGAGAGUGGGAACGCAGGAGAACCCGCAAAGCUGAUCAGGCAAAGGUACAGGGAAGCAGCUGAUAUCAUCAAGAAGGGGAAAAUGUGCUGCCUCUUCAUCAAUGAUCUGGAUGCAGGAGCUGGUAGGAUGGGUGGAACCACCCAGUACACAGUGAACAACCAGAUGGUGAAUGCCACCCUUAUGAACAUUGCUGAUAACCCCACAAAUGUCCAGCUCCCGGGCAUGUACAACAAGGAGGAAAAUCCCCGUGUUCCAAUCAUAGUCACGGGUAACGAUUUCUCCACCUUGUAUGCUCCUCUGAUUCGUGAUGGUCGCAUGGAGAAAUUCUACUGGGCUCCCACCCGGGAGGAUCGCAUUGGUGUCUGCACCGGUAUCUUCAGGAGUGACCAUGUGCCCCAGGAGGACAUUGUCAAGCUUGUUGACACUUUUCCAGGCCAAUCUAUUGAUUUCUUUGGUGCUCUCAGGGCUCGAGUCUACGAUGAUGAAGUGAGGAAGUGGAUAUCGGGUGUUGGAGUUGAUAUGAUUGGGAAGAGGCUCGUGAACUCGAAAGAGGGGCCCCCGACUUUCGAGCAGCCGAAAAUGACACUGGAAAAGCUUCUCCACUAUGGUAACAUGCUUGUCCAGGAACAGGAGAAUGUGAAGAGAGUCCAAUUGGCUGACAAGUACCUGAGCGAGGCAGCUCUUGGAGAUGCAAAUCAGGAUGCCAUCAAGAGUGGAUCUUUCUACGGUCAGACCCCUUCAUCCUAAAAAGGCAAGGCAGCUCAACAAGUUCAUGUUCCCGUUCCUGAAGGCUGUACAGAUCCGGCUGCAGCAAAUUUUGAUCCUACAGCUAGGAGUGACAACGGGAGCUGCCAAUAUUGAAGGAGAUUUGCGUUCUUAAAAUUAUAUGAACUAGGGUUUCCUUGAGUGCCAUGCUGUACUUUAUGAUGUAGGGGCAUUGUGUUAAAUCAAGUUACAUUCUCUCUC